AAACAAUCAGAGUCAAGCAGUUAGAAUGUUUCGCACGUGCACUCUCAUCGCGGCGUUGAUCGCUCUGACCGGUUCGAACCCGGUCCAGUCAGAUGGCAAGGAUUGGUAUAAGAACAGCCUGGUCUAUCAGAUCUAUCCGAGGAGCUUCAAGGACAGCAACGGGGAUGGCGUAGGAGAUUUGAAGGGUAUCACUAGCAAGUUGGAACACAUCAAGGACAUCGGCGCCGAUGCGCUAUGGAUGUCACCGAUUUUUAAAAGUCCACAGGACGAUUUCGGCUAUGACAUUUCUGACUUUAAGGAUAUUCAUGAAGAGUAUGGCACACUAGAUGACUUUGACGCACUCGUGUCAAGGGCGAAGGAACUCGGCUUGCGAGUAAUCCUUGAUUUCGUGCCGAAUCAUAGCUCUGAUGAGCACGAAUGGUUCAACAAAAGCGUCCAACAGAUCAGGCCCUAUGACGAAUACUACGUUUGGCGUAAUGGCAAAGGAAGAGACGAGAACGAUAAACCGAUACCGCCGAACAACUGGAUGAGCGUUUUCGGAGGUUCCGCUUGGGAAUAUAACGAGGAACGAAAACAGUUUUAUCUGCAUCAAUUCACUAAGAAACAACCGGACCUCAAUUACCGGUGUGCUGCGCUGCAAGAAGAAAUGAAGGGUGUAUUGACCUUCUGGUUGGACCGGGGCGUGGAAGGCUUCCGUAUUGACGCUAUCAACCACAUGUUUGAGGAUUCCCAAUUCAGGGAUGAGCCGUCAAGUAACAGAUCUGAUCUACCACUGGAUGACUACGACGUCGUGGACCACAUAUACACGAAAAAUCUUCCCGAGACUUACGAAGUUCUCAAAACUUGGAGGGAAUUGAUGGAUAAUCAUCCGAAGAGCUCUGACAGUAAGAUGAUCCUGACUGAAGCCUAUGCCGAUUUUGACCUUACCGUACAGUACUAUGAAUCGGGCUCGUCGGUGCCGUUCAACUUCAUGUUUAUAUCGAAUCUAAACAAUAAGUCCACUGCGGCCGAUUUCAAACGCAGUAUCGACCGUUGGAUGAACAACAUGCCUAAAGAUGAAAAAUAUGUUGCGAACUGGGUCACGGGCAAUCAUGACAAUCAUCGCGCGGCAUCCAGAUUCGGCGAGCAACGGGCCGAUCAACUUUCCAUGCUGGCGACCGUUUUGCCCGGCGUGAGCGUGGUUUAUAACGGUGACGAGAUCGGCAUGCUCGAUAGAUUCUUUACGUGGGAAGAAACCCAAGAUCGUGCGGGAUGCAACGCUGGACCUGACAGAUAUCAAGAAAAGUCGCGGGAUCCGGAAAGAACGCCCUUCCAAUGGGACGAUAGCACCAGCGCCGGCUUCUCUACUAACGAAACAACAUGGCUUCCAAUAAACUGCAAUUACAAGACUCUAAAUUUGGCAAAGCAAAAAGAUGAUGUCAUCUCUCAUUAUAAAAUAUUCAAGAUUAUGACGCGACUGAAGAAGAAGCCUAUCAUUGAGAAGGGCUCUCUAGAAACUAGUUUAUAUUGUUAUAAUGGUUACGUUAACAAUGAUGUUCUAGGGGUGGUACGGCGACAGGGAAAAUCUAUUGUGUUGCUCAUAGUGAAUUUCAGUGAUGACGCGCCGGUCACUCUCGACGUUAAGUUCUGGUUGAAUAUUCAACGACAAUUGAUCAUUUAUGCACCCAGCAUUCAUUCCAAACUACUUCCAGGAACGAGCGUCGAUAUGAGUGCCGUCACUGUACCUCCUGCGUCAUCCAUUGUGUACGUUACAUCAGAAUUGUUCGAAUAAAUUUCUAAUUAUUAUAUGUAUGCACUAAUGAUAAUUCUUUAAUAAAGCAAACUUUCGAAUGUAUA